UGAUAUAUUUAUCUUAACUAACUGCAGCAACCUUGGUUUAAUAAGACUGAAGCUUUAAACAAAGCCCAGUGGAGCCUUUUUUCUGUCACUCUAUCCUUAUGUGGUUGAAUGGUGCCUGACCCACAGGAAUCUCCUCAGCACAACAGAAAAGCCUCCGAGUGGGAAGGGAAACCAGAGCAGCUCUGAGCGCAAAGACGCGCGGCGCCUCAUCCAACCAGCGCCAGCCCCAACAGAAGGACUUUAAACUGUAAAAGUGCAAGAGAACGACCCGUCCACAGGUCCGACCUGAAGUGGAGACAUUACUCGGACAUCCGAACGCGGAUGAACGCGGAGAGAAGUUAUCUGCGCGUUGGAGAGGAGUCCGCCUGCGCACGGGCGCAAAGCAAACCCAUGUGGUGUUAAGAAGAUCACCGGCGAGGAUGUCUGCGGAUCACCUGAAGUUUCAUUCACUCUUCGUGGAGCAACCCCGAACUGUUUCACUUGUGUGAUUUUGCCGUGGAUCGAGAGCUCUACCUCCGUGGGGUUUGCUGAAGAAGUUGGUUCGGGCUGAUUUUGAAUGAAACGGACUUUGAUCCCACUCUGACUGGAUUAGGCACCAGCUUCCAGCUGCUACUAGAGAUGCCUGCUUGUUUCACGGGGAUUUACUUUCUGUUGACUCUGCUGUGGAUUUGUUCAGGGUCUCGUCUCCGCCAGGAAGACUUCCCUCCCCGGAUUGUAGAGCACCCCUCUGAUCUUAUCGUGUCCAAAGGGGAACCAGCUACGCUAAACUGUAAGGCAGAGGGCCGUCCAAUCCCAACAGUGGAAUGGUACAAAGAUGGCGAACGCGUUGAGACGGACAAAGACAACCCACGCUCCCAUCGUAUGCUGCUGCCCAGCGGGUCCCUCUUUUUUCUACGCAUCAUCCACGGACGACGAAGCAAGCCAGAUGAUGGCAGCUAUGUCUGCGUGGCCCGAAACUAUCUGGGUCAGGCAAUCAGUCACAAUGCAUCCCUGGAAGUAGCUAGUAAGUACUGCUGUGUUCUGUUUGAGUUUGCUGAUGUGAUCAUUUUCUAA